AUGGGACAUCUGGGCGAACAGGCACACCGGAGACGAAACCAGGUUCUGAUGCGACAAGAUUGUACUGCUCUUAUUGGCGUUGCAAUGGCACUAGUAUUGCAUACCAUGGCGCUUUUGGCAGAUGCCGAAAACUUUGUGCCCAUCAAAAAUCGAAGUAUUUUGUUCAAGGAGCACAAAAUCAGAGAGGCGCAACAGCCAACAGGCAAACAGCAAGCUAAUGGCGGAUUUUGGUUCAACAAAGGUCACCCCAAUGCUCACUGUUUUCAAGCGCCUGAAGGACUUGAUUGCAAAAGUGUUCUGCAGAAUCAGGCCUCCGCAGAGAAGGCUCUGAAUAACUGGAAACUUGAUUAUCGCCAGUUACUGUCGCGGAUAACUUGCACUCUGCAAAAGCUAAGCUGUCCCCUUGAAGGGCGUUCACUUCAACUCCACGAUAUUCCCUGCCAGUCUUCGUGUUUGGAAUUCUUGGAAAGCUGCGAGAAGUCAAGAUCUCUCGAAGGACAAUAUAAUAAUCCAGUAUCGGCAAUACCCGCUGGAUGUCCGGUGGAAAAACGAAGAGUACCAUUGGACGCUCCGUCGUGGUCACACUCUCAAAAAAAUCAAAUGUACUCAAGCAGGGCAUCCAGUCCAAAUGCACAUAGAUUUCCGUAUGGUAGUACCUUCUAUGCUAGACGAUACUCGACCUACAGAAACCAACCUUCAUCAUUGUCUCCUCGGGAUGUUCGUCCGUAUCCUCAAACGCAUCAAGCGACUCCCACUUUCGAUUCCGGAUAUUGGAAACCUCGUUACCAGAGAAGAGUUAGCUCUUUCAGGUCCCAAGAACAUAGUAGAGGACAUGAAAGUUCAGAUCAGUUGUCGUUUGAGCAAUAUACGUAUCCCAGUCGACAUGAGGAGAACAAAGGCGAUCUUGAAUUGACUCGAGCAGCCUGCUCACUUUUACCAACAGGUGGUUGUGAGAAGUGGCCAGACUAUUGGGGACUGCAAAAUCAAGACAGCUCACCUGUACAACAAAAAAUACAAGUGAACCCUGGAUGUCCAAGUGACCUCAGCAAAAUGUGUGAGGCCAUGUUUCCUCGGGAAUUCACUCGACAUCAUUGGAUAAGAGGAGAAUACACAGUGGCCUCCGUCAUACGAAUAUCUCAAACGCUUUGGUGGUUCGGUGAGAAUGACCUUUUCCAGCCGUUCUUCCGGUUCCAUGUGCUCGAGACCUUGGAGUCCGAUAUACACCCUUACGAUGACAAGAUGAUCCUCACCUACUCGUGGCCAAUUCGUUGCGUUUGUCCAGAUGAACUCACGGUUAACAAGCGGUAUCUGAUGCUCACACACUCGUACAAGGCACGACAAACCUUAAAUAUUACCGCCAACACAGUGUUCCUGUCCCGUAUCAAACGUUAUACCAAAAGGCUCGCGUGUUGGAAAGGGGCUUGUGUCCGAUCAAAUAGGCGAAAUCGCAGACGUCGAUAUCCGAAUUCACACUGGCGUUGGGGCAGUACCUAAUUCACUGCUUGUUUACAAGCAUCAAGGAACCAUGUUCCCUCCCCCUUCUGAACCCAUCAAAUUUCACUAUUUAUGUCCACGCCACCGUGGAAGCCUGUUUACUUGACUUUUGUCCUUCGAAGGCAUUGAAUACGUCUCAGUAGGGAUUUGAAACAAAGUUAUCCUGUAGAUUCUCAUUCGGCAUGUGUUCC